UGUAAAGAGGGACCACCGCCUCGCUAUUGUCUCGCGGACUGCCAAGUUUAUUAUAAACGCUGCUCGAGCUGCACCGGGCGGAGCGGAGCAGAACAGAGCGCGAGACAGAGACAGAUAGAAAUAGACACAGUGAGCACGAGCACAAGAAGACUGUGGAUGUGCACUUGUAGAGAGAAAACAACUGAGAGAGCGAUCGGAGAACGUCAGACUGUGUUCACCGACACGCACUGGAAAGAGUGGAGUUAAUUUCAUAGAUCCUAGCUGCACGUGCUGCUGUUUGGUACCUGGUGCCUCGCUUCGCGCAUUCCGUCUCCACAUGUACAAAAUGGAUUACUCGUACCUGAACACGUAUGACUCGUGCAUGGCGGCUAUGGAAGCAUCAGCGUACGCGGACUUCAGCUCGUGCAGUCAGGCAAACACGUUCCAGUACAACCCGAUCCGCACGAGCUUCGGCGCAAACCCGGGCUGCGCGACACUAGGUGCAGCCAGCUGCAGCCUCGGCGCGCUGCGCGAACACCAGCCGGCACCGUACACAGCGGUUCCUUAUAAAUUCUUCUCGGACCCUUCCGGUCUGAAUGAAAAACGGAAACAACGACGUAUCCGCACCACCUUCACGAGCUCUCAGCUGAAGGAGCUCGAGCGCGUGUUUGCUGAAACGCAUUACCCUGACAUCUACACCCGUGAGGAGCUCGCGCUCAAGAUCGACCUAACAGAGGCCAGAGUUCAGGUGUGGUUCCAGAACAGACGCGCAAAAUUCCGCAAGCAGGAGCGCGCAGCAAACGCAAAGGGCGGCGGAAACACCGGAAACACCAGUGUUACAUCCAAGAAACCUGGUGAAGCACGCGCAUCAUCCGAGGAUGACGAGUCUAAAGAGUCCACGUGCAGCCCAACACCAGACAGCACGGCGUCUCUACCGAGCUCAGCCAACACCACGGGCAGUCCAGGCGCGAGCAGCCUGAGUCCCAGUCCGUCAUCCGGUGGCUAUGGCAACACCUCCAGCUCGCCGUCUAUGCACCACGCGCUCAAAUCUCCAGCGUGGCCCGGUGUCGGUUCAGCUGCUCCAGCUUCCGCUCCAGACCUGUUGAAGAGCUGGCAGCCCGGAGACAGCGCGAGCACCGGACCAUUUGCCGGCGUGCUCUCAUCCUUCCACAGAAAACCGGGCGCGCUCAAGACCAACCUGUUUUAAACAAUCUCUCUCUGUCUCACACACACACACACACACACACACACACACACACACACACACACACACACACACACACACACACACACAUUUACACACUUAGUGCGUAGUUUACUCUCCUCUCUCACUACUUCCUCCUGAAUUUUAUUCGAUAUAUUAUUUCUGUUAGAGCUGGACUCGGUUAUUAUUUAUAGGAUCAUGUUUCCGGUCUCGUCAGACAUCUUUCGCACUUUAUUUAGUGCGGUUGAAAACAGCGCAAGCUCGGUGUGUGUGUGUGAAAAUGCGACAUGUUCUUUACACAGUGCACUAGUUUGAAAGCUUUAAAAAAAUCGAUAUCUGGUAAGGAAUCCACAUUUUCUGUAUGGCAGGUGUUUCCUAUUGGAUCGUUGAAUUGUGCGCACUUAAUGGGUCCCUUAAAAGAAGACGGUUUCAUCCACACUUACUAAAACAACCUGUCUCACAGUCUGUCUAACGCAUUCACUCCAAUAUAAAAUGUUUAUACUCCUGUAUAAACUUUCUAAAAAGCUAAGGUUAAAUCGAUUUAAGGCGUUCUGGUUUGGAGCUUAGGCUGAAGAUAUGGGCGUGGUUAGGAUGAAGGUGGGGCUGGGAUUGUGGGCGUGGCCGACGUAAUUACAUUUUCUUAUGAAUUAAACAAUAGUUUUACAGUUUCAUGUCUGAAUGAUUUCUGAUGAAAUCUCAACCAGAAGAAAUUUUAUUCACACUAACGACUUUUCGACACAGAGUGCAGGACUCGGACUGCAAAGAAUUAUUCUUUAUUAAUUUCAUAAGACAUUUUAGAAUUCAGCUGCGCUUCCAUUUUUUAAGAGCUGUAGUGUGGAACUGAUGAAUUUGGGAUAAGGCCUUUAUUAUUAAGCGAGUCUCAGAAGACUUUACAUUCAGGAGAGAGAAAGUGUAUUUGUUACAAGCGACAUCUUUUCACAUGAUAAAAGCUUUUGAGCAAAGAAGCUUUGAUCCAAUUAGCAGCAAACAAGAAAGUCACUUGGACGUGGCCCAAACUGCUCUCUACUUCCUUACUCUACUUCCUACAAAGGGUUAUUUUGAGUCAUGCCAUAAAAGUCAUUUUUAGUUUUAUUUACAACUGAUCACAACAAACACUUUCACAAAAGAAAAAGCAAAUGACAGUAAAUUACUCUUCAUUUCACCUUUUCAGUGAACUAAUGGAUUCAUUUGAUUUGGUUUCUCAAAGGUGUGGAAGAGGAUUUUAAUCAGAUUGAUUUCUGCAGUUCGUGCAGUGCACUGUGUCCAACGUGGAACCUUUAAUGGUUCCUUAUUCUGUUUUUAGUCCACUCUGAGUUCCUGUCUAAUUCAGGAAAACCUAACGCUGCAUCAAAUGAACCGUUUAUCCUGGAACAAAGCGCGCAAUGCAUCAUGUUCAUAAUUUCUGUGACGUCACUGACACAAACACCUGGACUUUUUGCUUUAGCAUUAGCACACGAAGCUAAGCGGUGUCCCAGUCUGAAGUGAUUUAUUCUGCAAGUUAAUUUGCCACGAGUGUGAUUUCUUAAACUGAGCAAAUUAACAUUAAUUUAUUGAAAUUAAGAGAGAUACUGGUAGUUAUUUUACAUUUUUAAAGCAAAUGUUAUUACUUCUUUUUUUAGUAGGCCCACUAAAAUACUAGAACAUGGAAAUAUUUUGUAAAUAGUAAUAUAAAUAUUGGGUAGUUUCUGUUUUUUAUGUUGUUGCUGCUGCUUCAUUCAAACAGCAGCUCAGAGGGGCCGCGUCCCAAACCGCACACUUCCUCACUAACUAGUGUGUUUAAAUAAGACUCCAUGGUCUUAUCUAUGAUGUUAACACACUGUCAUACACACUGUUUAGUGCUGAAUUGUGAUUUGGGACACAACCUGUUGAAACCGUUCAUUUAAG